CGGCAAAGUCGACCUCGGCGGAAUUUGAGAGUUACCAUCGUAUAUAGAUGACGAUAGAGCGGAUUUAAAAUGUGAUGGUAUGAUGGUACUGAGUGGUCGCGGAAUGUAUGGGGAGGGGUAGACGGUGGUUGUAUAUAUUCAAAGGGUUUAUAGAAAAUUUAAAAAAAAAAAACUGAAAAACCUAGAAAGAAAAAUAACCAUUCUCCACUCCACUCCUGCCGAACCAGAGGAAGGAUAGAGCGGAUUUAAAAUGUGAUGGUAUGAUGGUACCGAGUGGUCGCGGAAUGUAUUGGGGGCUAUUUGAAACGCUACGGCUAUUUGACUGAAAGACCUUAUGGUUCUGCAUCCUUAGGAGAAAUGACCGACGCUCUCAAGAAGUUUCAAGGUUUUCUUCAACUUAACAUCACGGGGCAAGCUGACCAAGCUACAUUGAAGGUUAUGUCAAUGCCUCGUUGUGGUGUCUCUGAUGUUAUGGACCCAGAAAAUACAAAAGUUGCGAAAUGGAAUAUAACUCGACUGACAUAUAAAUUCAUAAAGUUCUCACAAAAAUUAUCUGAGAGUGAUGUCAGAACGGCAGUAAGUAACGCCUUCAAAUUAUGGGCAGAGUCUAGUAAAUUGAACUUUGUAGAAGAUAAGACUUCUGGUACAAUUGAGAUACAGUUCAGAAAAGGAGCGCACGGAGAUGGAUAUCAUUUUGACGGAAAAUAUGGAGUCUUAGCCCACGCCUUUUUCCCCAUUCCCCGUCCAAUUGGCGGUGAUACUCACUUUGAUGAUGACGAAGCAUGGAGAAUAGAUGGUGGAAAAGGAGCUGAUUUAUACUACAUAGCUACACAUGAAUUUGGUCAUGCCCUUGGUCUACCCCAUUCGGGAAACAAAGACUCAGUGAUGAAGCCGUACUAUGCUGGUUUCGUACCAAACUUGAAACUCCAUUCAGAGGAUGUAACAGAAAUUCAGAAAAGAUAUGGAACUCCCAAAAAAUGAAUUUAUGAAUAUUCUUAUCGCUAAAGACUUUUCGGGAAGAUUUUGGAAACAACGACCAAAUGGAACAUAUCGACAGUUUGUUAAUCUUAAAUGAUUUAAAUGAUCCGGCAUCUGUAGCAACCAGUUACCAAUAUUUCUUAUGCUUCUACCAGCACUGAAUAAAACGAUUCAGAAAUGUA